GUCAUCAUCAUUAUACAUCGUCCUUGAUCCCUUCUCAUGUGUCCCCAAAUAACACCACAGCCCGUCCCAAAAACACACCUACUGCCCCUCCAAAUGAACUCACCCAACACUUAUCACACUCACCUCACAACCACACACCCGCCUCUCUCUCCUUUUCCCCCUCUUCUGCUUCUUCCCCAAAUACAAACUGCCAUGCUGCCUCCCAAAAUACAUCUCCACCAACUUCACCUAAUGAAUUAAACCUUGUUCUAGACUUCAGCAACUACACUUUAGACUAA